CGGUGUUAACAGAGGCGCACACAUGCUUUCGCAAUUCACAUUUCCCUGCUGGUCCGGUUAUAGUUUUAACUUUUACGUAAUAACGUCACAUUUCUGAACUUCUAAGACGACGGCGAUAACAUUGUGGAAUUUUAAGCAGUUCUGUAAUUGUAUUCUGCUCAAAUUUUACAAAGCGUCUAAUUGUUGCUACUGUAUCUUUUUGUGAAUUUUACCCUCGGUGUCUGCUUAGACACAGCGAGCACUGUGCAUUCAUUCACUUUACUUUGACCUGGUUUUCUGUCCCAGUUGAGUUCUCGAGGAAGGUGAAGGAACUACGCAGCGCACAUAACGUUUUGUGAUUUAUUUCACCAUGACAAAACACUGGUUUUUCGGGAAAAGUGAUCAGGUCGCUCACGAACAUUCGGGAAAGUAUUAUUACAGUUCAUCACUGUUUUCCUACACCUGGGAACAGCUGGUUACCGCGUUCUGGCUGCGAUAUCCGAACCCUUAUAGUUCGCAUGUGCUGUCGGAGGAUGUACUGGAUCGACGACUGACAGACGAUGGAAAAGUCGUGACAAUCAGGGUGCUGUCCAAGACGAACCACAUGCCCAAAUGGGGCGAGCGCUUCAUCCGCGGACCCCAGCACGUGUAUAUUGUGGAGGAAUCCAUUGUGGAUCCCGUUAAUAAAACCUUGACGACGUAUUCCAAGAAUGUCGGCUACACGAAAGUCAUGACAGUGGAUGAAAAAUGCGUAUACCAACCCGUUAGUAGCGAUCCGUCCAUGGCCGAACUGGCUCGAUCCGCCUGCAUAGAAUCACAUGUUUUCGGCUUCGCGAAGGCCAUCCAGGCCUUCGGUGUGGAGCGCUACAAGCGCAACACCACCAAAACGACCAAUGGUUUCCUGUACAUUCUGGAGCACCUCUUCGCAGCAUCCCCUGCCUCGGACAAAGGCCCGGAAUCGCUUUCCAGCCGAAUUAGCGCGCUGACGGCCAAAGCGGAGACGUUCCGGGAACAGGCGCGGAAAGCGAAAGAAAUGGCCAAAACGAAGACAUCGGAUUUCCUGCAUGCUUCCAACACAUCCGGAGUUCCGCAGUCAGCAUCAUAAUGCUUUGGAUUUAUGUUCAGAUUAAGAUUCUGCCCUAGAGAAGAGCACAAACUCGUUUGCACAAAUGAAGUGAGGACAGUUGGUAUGCCGUGAACACGAGAUUUGUUUGUGUAUCAUACAUCUUUACUUAACACCGACAAAGCAGUGUUGGCAGAAUAAUCCCGUUGGACUAAAAUUUUUAUUCUGUAUUAUCCAAUUAUGCUCCGUUUUUUAUAUCUGUUUUUGGUUGUUUAUGUGUUUUUCCUGAUUUAUCGAAUAAUAAAAUUCUGA